GGGGCGUACAGAGACUGAGCUCGGGGCGGCGGGAGGUGCGCCCGAGCGGCGGCAGCGCCCUCGGAGCGUGGGCUGCCUCUGGUCUCCGCAAGGGGAGAGGCCUCGAAAGGAGGCAGGUGGUGGCAGGCGCCUCAGAACCUGCACUUGAAUCAAGAGCCAUGUGGUCAGCUGAUGAAAUUGCUGGGCUAUGUUACCUGCAUUAUAGGACCAGACUUCCUAAGCAGGGGAAACCAGAUCCAAACAGGGAAUGGACCUCCCUAGCAGCUGUUGUCAAAGUGGAGUCUGCAACCCAAAGAGAGGCUUUUGAUAGUCCAGGAAACUUGCAGGUAACUAAGGAAGUUGUUGCUAUGGGAACUGGAACAAAAUGUAUUGGCCAAAACAAAAUGCGAAAAAACGGAGACAUUCUGAAUGACAGCCAUGCUGAAAUUGUGGCCAAGAGGAGCUUCCAGAGGUAUCUUCUCCAUCAGCUGUGGCUUGCAGCUUCCCAUCAGCAAUGUAUCUUUAGUCCAGGAACUGAAACCGGGAAAUGGAAACUCAAACCAAAUAUCAUAUUUAUUUUCUUCUCCAGUCAUACCCCAUGUGGAGAUGCUUCUAUUUUUCCAAUCAGUGAACCAGAGAACCAGCUUUCUAAGCCAAUGACUGGAGGUCAUGCAGCUGGACAAUCAGCAGAAUGUAGAAGUAACCAUAAUCACUUGUGUCCUGAAGAUAAAAGGAAGUCAGAGAAGAUGACAAGUAAUCACGUAAUCAAGAGAAUGAAAACUGAUGAUGGUAGUUGUUUUUCCAUAAUUCCGGAAGACCUGGAUGUUCAACAUGAACCUAUGAAACGAGACAACACCACAAAUCAAAAGAGCUGUGAAUGUUCUGCAGGGAUGCAAACAGCUGUUAAGGAGACUGGCUUAGUGGAACCAAAGGUAGUAGAUGUUCACAGAACUGGAGCAAAAUGUGUACCUGGAGAGCUGGAUGAUGCCCGAAUACCUGGGCUGGGGUACCACUCUGUGGGAUUAUUACGAGUGAAGCCAGGUCGAGGAGACAGAACAUGCUCUAUGUCCUGCAGUGAUAAACUGGCUCGCUGGAAUGUGUUAGGGUGUCAAGGAGCUCUUCUGAUGCAUUUUCUGCAGUAUCCAGUGUAUCUGUCAGCAGUUGUAGUGGGGAAGUGUCCAUAUAGCCAAGAAGCUAUGCGGAGAGCAGUUAUUGAAAGGUGUCAGCACGUGUCAUCUUUACCAAAUGGUUUUCUCACUCAGGAGGUUAAGCUGCUGCAAUCAGAUCUUCAAUUUGAACAUAGCCGUCAGGCAAUUCAGGAAGUUCAAACUAACAGCAAAACAAAACUUGUUCCUUGCAGCGCAGCUAUCAGUUGGAGUGCAGUCCCUGAGCAACCUCUGGAUGUCACCUCAGACGGCUUCCGCCAGGGAACAACAAAGAAGGGGAUUGGGAGCCAUCAGAGCAGAUCCAAAAUCUGUAAAGUGGAACUCUUCCAUAGAUUCCAAAAGCUGGUGACAAGUAUUUCACAAGAGGAUCUACCAGACACUCUACGGAUGAAGAGUUUAAAAACCUACUGGGACUACAAGGAAGCUGCAUUAAAUUAUCAAGAGGCCUGGAGAGUGCUGCGUAGCCAAGCUCUGCUGGGUUGGGUCAAGAAUGCCAAGGAAUACCUGCACUUCACAUGAGGAUCCAUGUGACUGUGUGAAUCCAGGAAUAAGCUCUGGUCCACAGCAGAUACCUCUGCAGUUCAAGGGCCAGAAAAAGACACUCUCUAGUGUGUGUGCUGUAAAGAGAUAGGAGUGAAAAGGAAAGCAAUUUAGAGAAUGCUUUAUUUUUACUGAGUUGAAGCCCCCUUUUUAAUGAAAUAUAGAAAAGGAUCGCUGUUGACUUAAAAUCUGAGCUGCAUGAAACAAUAUGCCUCCAAAAGAAAGGAAGCAGUGAUGUGCCAUCCUAGUAUUGGAGGAUGUGACCUACUAGCCAUAGUCAUUACAGUGAAAGUAAUGUCAACUGAAAUUGAAGCAGUACUGUGGAAAAUUUUAGUACUGCUUUUUUCUUCCACUUCUCAUAAUGUUGUGGUUGUUUUUCUGUUGUUGGGACAACCCUAAUGUCUAGUAAGUAAUACUUCUGUAACUGAGCUCUUCUUGUCUGGUGCCUGGAAGAAUUUCCUGUGUCCCCCCGCCCCAUUGCUUCUAACUGGAAAAACUAGUUCUGUUAAAGUGCCUUUUUUUUUCUGGGAAUCCUUCAUAUAUGCUGCUGUUUACUAAACAUAGCUACAGAUAUUGCCAGAGCAGAAGCAAAAGCACUGGGGGGAGGAGUCUGUCAAAUAAUACCACUUACGAUAUCCUGUGCGUUUCAAUUUCAGGACUUGGCCAGAUAAUCUUUCAACUGCUUUGCUUCUGUAGGCAGGAAAGAAAACUCCUGAUUUACUUGGUUCAAAUUGGUCAGUCCUGUGUAAUUCCAGGCAAACAUUUACCUGCUUUUAAGGGUUUCAGUCACUGUCCAUCUCCAUGCCCCUCUGUGGGAAAUGGCCAGUUAAAAGCAGAAAUGCCUCAGCCAUUUAUGUCACUGUUCCUUGUGUUCAUUAAUAGCCUAGCAAAGGUGGAGAUGCUUUGGUGAGUAUUCCAACUAGUUCUGGCAUAUCUCUUCUAGUUUCUUGUCAUUAUACUUUAUUACCAACUAACAUCUGCAUGGCAAGACAGUCAACAUUGUGAGCAGUUGUGGGGGAAGAAGCGUGCAAUCCUCCUUAAACCUGUCCCAGUUAUUGCCUUUCAUGAGCAUUUUCAAGACUGUGUAACUGCUACUGAGCACAUUCUCCUUUUGUAUUUUUCUCUUGUAAACCACAAUUCAUAAAAUAUUUGGACAAGGCAAGAGCAAGAUCAAAGAAGUGGAUAAUUUAGAACUUAAAUUUUUUUUAGUGAUUUGAAUUUUUUUGUUGUUGUUGUUCUUUGGUAUCCUAUAGUUUUGGAUUUGAAAAAUGGGCACAGCAGUUCUCUAAACAACCUUUGCUGUCAACCUGCUGAGCUACAUACAUAUGGGACCAAACAGUAUACAUCACAUUAGGGUCUGAGAGUUGAUAGCAGCAGCAAAUCUUUUUUACUUCACACUUAGGUUGACAUUUCAAGUAAGAAUUGUUCUCUUGUUGAAGAAAUAACAACUUGAAUUCUGUGUGCAUAUGCCCAUUCUCUCAAAUCCUGCACUAACAUGCAGAAAUACCAGUUGUACUGGUGAGGGGGAAGUAAUUUUAUGUGUUUGUAGCAGGCAAGGGAUUAUGGAGAUUAGGGACUUGGAGUAGACAUCAGAGGAUAAAAAAUGGCCAGAUGCCAUUGCACAUGGGCUACAGGGUGAACUGCUGAAGAUAAACGGGAGCUAUUCCUGUAAUUGAGCAAGUAGCAUUCCAAGGGCAGAGUUCUGAGGUGUACCUAAAGAGCUGUCAGUAGAUUUCCAGGUUCCUGAAAUUUACCUUUGUUCUUCGCUGAAAUCUUGCAGCAACUAUUAACUUACCAUACCUAGUUUCCCAUAGUUAAUCAACAAUGUCAGCAGUGAACCUGCUGACCAGACUGGAAUGUUCCCAUUUCUUAUCCAGCUGCAAUAUUAAAAUGGGUUACGGAAGACUAGUUCUGUAUUCUUGCAUCAGUUUUCAGAUAAGCAGUUACAUGGUUUAAAUUCUUUUAACUCUUUUCUAAAAUUUGAGCCUGGCUGUUAGGAUUGUUCCUUGUAAGAUUUUUUUGUGCGUUUCUAAAAUACUUGUGAACUGUAGACUGCUGCUUUUCUGUUACUUGUUAGGUUUAAAAGUAGUUUUUGAAGUGCUGAAGGCGGAUGGUAACCUCACUUUUUGGAUGGAGUUGAGGACAUAUUUAAGCCUAGAGCAAGGCAGUGAAUAUGCGAAGAGAGGGAAGGAGCUGAAACUGAACAGCAUUGAAAAGGCUGAGCGGCUAAGCCUGCAGGAUCUCAUCCUCAACUGGAUGGCAUAUCUGUGAUGGAAAAUCAGUAUCUAAAUCAUGCAAUCUGUUUCAUUCCAAAAUGUCAGGAAAUGCUGUUGGCAGUACCAUGAAACUCCUCUGAAAAUUAGAAGGGAAAAAUGCAGAGAUAGCCAAGAACAGUCUCUGCUUUUGCAAAAGGUAGCAAACUAAACUUAGAUCAUUGUUAGCAGAUCUUUCAGAAGAAUUGCUCCUGGAAACUAACCGUUGACGUGUUCCAAGCCUGUAUCACUCCUUUGUGCUGGGAUAGCUGACACCCCAAAAAACAAAGCUAGGUAAGGCACAGGGAGGACAGUAGAAUGCAGAGACUGCCAUGGGAGAGCAGAGUUAGCAGGGAGGGAAGUAGCAAGAAUGAAGUGCCCACAGUGCAUGGUUAAUGAGGACAAGCAAACAGUUGGCAGUGAGAGCCUCAGAACAUAGGAGAGCACUAAGAUUCCCACCGUAUGUGUAAAAUGAGCAAAUCUGUAUUACCCAGAUAGGUCCUUGCCUGUCCCAAACUUGUUUGGGGGGCAAUGGAUCCCAAUUGCCAGGACAAAGAAACUGUAGUCAUUGAAUGGGAUGUCUUUAACAGCCGUCACUAUUAGAGACAUCAUUCUGUUUUCAGCCACAGUAAGAAGGCAGGACAGAGAUUGCCUGCUUAUCUUUAAGGAAGUCAAAACCAGAGCAUAGAAACAAGUAGGGAGGAGUAAUCAAUCUGUUUGACCUUGAGGCUGCAGUUCCAUGAGACCAGAUGCUAGCAUUCCACUGGCUUUGAGAAAACAAGGUUUUGAGCUUCACAGUGGGCUUCCACUGCUCACCUUAACACAGGCUGGAAGGCUUACUGAUCCCAAUACAUUCUGAGUAAACUGAAGAGUAUUUAAAUUACUGUAUUUGUAGAAAAACAAACCAUGAGUCCAAAACAAGAUGCAGCCUUUCACUAGGAGUUAAAAGACGACUGCAAGAAAUUAAGCACUACAGGAAGAGCUAUGGUUGUGCUGCUCAGGGCAAGAGAAUUCUGUUAGGAGGAAAGAAAGGUGGUGGUGUUCUUUCAGACUAUCUGAGAAUGUCAUAAGAGGGCUGCAAAAAUGAUAGGUGCAUAAUAUAUACAAUUAACAUAAAUGCAUGUAGAAGCAAGAUAAUUUUUGAGGAAAGACCAUCUAAACUGUCUAAAUUUGGCCUGAACACUAAAUAUUUACUGAAUGUUAAGUUCAUCCAGUACUGGUUUAGUUAUGUUGGAGAUGACAUGAGGUGUUGCUGUAGGAAUAGUGAGGUACUUCUUCAUUUUUUAUUCAGUGCUAAACUGAAGGGUUAACAGAAAAUGAAGAUCAUACAGGAUCAAAUGCUUUAUAUAAUUUGACAAGAGCGUACUAUCUAAAGCGAUGCAUUUCACCUAUGCAUUUGAAAAGGAAAAGGAAACAUCUUGACGUUUUGUUGCCAUUUUAAGUGUAAAUGCAGAUGAAAAGUAAAGUUACUGCUGUAGAAUAUUUAUCCCUACAUUUUCUGCAACUACUUUCAUUUCUGGGCUCCUAAAUCUAAACUAAAAAAUACAGAGAUGUUAAAGAGAGCCACUGUGUGGUGGUUUUAGGAGCUUAUGAAGGGUAAUCCAAAAGUUAUCUCAAUCAUAACAUCUUCCCUUAGUUUUAGAUACGUCUAUUUGCUACCAUGUAAUUAACUUUAUCUAGCAUUUUUAAGUGUUUCUUACUCCUCUGUUAAUCGUUCAGAACAAAUACUACUUGAUAACUGUCGAAAAAGUUUCAGCAUAAAGGAACAGAACAUUUUCCAGUAAUAAAAAGUAACUUAAAAAAAUGAAGCCACUUUUCUUCAUUCUGAAUCAAAAAUUCUGUUAAGAGUAAACAUUAAUGCGUGAAAAGGGAGUUAGAAGUAAUUCAGGAUGGAAGGACUAACAGUGUUUCCUAAAGUGGUUUACAGUGCAGUGCUAUUCUGAAUAAUGAAAGGCUUACUGAGAUCAACAGCACAUUUUCAGAUGCAGUAGGCACAUGCAUCCCAGUUACUGGGACAAGCCUCAGUAAUAGUGUGAACAUUUCACAGACUGACAAUACUUGUGAAUGACUGCAGAGCUAAAUAAUUCUAGGCAUAAUGGAUCUUCAUGGGGAUUUGAGUUAGUAUGAAUUUGAUUUAAAUUUGGAAAGUAGUAAAUUUCCACUUAACUGGAAGCAUUUUAAAAACUAGAUUCUUAGGCAUCACAUAGUGCGUAAAUGAAUUAAAACUUUUACUAGGAAUCUAAACUGUAUUUAGUGUUUCCUUGCUGGCUUAGGAAGGUCAAAGUGAUGCUACUUCUUCAACCCACUGUUACCCUUUAAUAUCAGUGUGAACUCCAGCACUGUGCAAUUAGGUCAAUUAGCUGUUUUCUCCACCCUCUCCCACACAAUCCAAGGGCACCUGUAAAUAGAAGUUAUCUGUGAGAUAAUGGUAGCUCUGAAGCUAUUGGUUUUGAAACCUACAAAGAGCUCCUUGUUUCUUCCUGGUAUCAUCAGGCACACACACUAAAGUUCGAGAAGCUGUACAAUGUCUAGUAAGUAAAAGAAGCAUCUGUGUAGCAUCUAGUAAGUGUGAUGAGUAACUUUCUGGCCAAAAUGAAAGUAAGGAAAUGACAGCAGUGCCUGUUUGUGAUAGGAAUGUUUAUUGUACUUGUUU